GGAAGGCUCCUAAUAAAGGAAGAGGAAAGGCAUAAGGAAGAGGUGGAGGUGCGGCAGCCGUUUACGGAGAAAAUAACAAACCCCGUUAAUGGAAAAUCAAAGUGACAACUCCGAUGAAAAACCUAGUAGCGAUACAAUGUCGGAAUCAGCAACGGUCCUUGAUCUUACGAGUUUCCAGCUUCACGAUCUGGACUCAGUGGAGCUUCCUCCAAGUCUCACCGAGUUAGACUUGACAACGAAUCGUUUGUCUGCUUUAGACCCCCGUAUUGGCCAACUCCCUAACCUCAAGAAACUCUCUCUUCGUCAGAACCUCAUAACCGAUGCCGCCGUUGAGCCUCUUUCCUCUUGGCAACUCAUUUCUCACCUCGAGGAGCUAGUGCUUAGGGACAAUCAGCUGAAGAAAAUUCCCGAUGUUGUGAUAUUCAAGAAGCUUCUGGUAUUUGAUGUUUCUUUCAAUGAGAUAUCAUCACUUAGUGGAUUGUCCAAGGUCUCCAGUACACUCAGAGAACUAUAUGUGUCUAAAAAUGAAGUCACCAAGAUGGAGGAGAUUGAGCACUUCCACGAGCUGCAAAUACUCGAACUUGGGUCCAAUAGAUUACGGAUUAUGGAGCUUCUGGAAAAUUUGAAAAAUCUACAAGAGCUUUGGCUUGGACGCAAUCGUAUUCGAAUAGUUAAUUUGUGCGGUUUGAAAUGCAUUAAAAAGAUUAGCCUGCAGAGCAACCGUUUAACUUCCAUGAUUGGGUUUCAGGAAUGUGUUGCCCUUGAAGAAUUAUACUUGAGCCACAAUGGUAUUGCGAAAAUGGAAGGUUUGUCUACCUUGGUAAACCUGCGGGUCUUGGAUGUAUCAGCAAAUAAGCUUACAGAAAUUAAUGACAUCGAGAAGUUGACUAAACUAGAAGAUUUGUGGCUUAAUGACAACAAUAUAGCAUCAUUAGAAGGACUGGAAGAAGCUGUUACCGGUACUAGAGAGAAGCUAACAACCAUUUACCUUGAGCGCAAUCCCUGUGCACAAUCUCCAAACUAUAUAAGUACUUUGAGACAAAUAUUCCCAAACAUUGAGCAGAUUGAUUCUGAAGUGUACGCGUAGGUGCUUGGAUGUGGAUCUUAUGCAUGGUUGAUGCUGAUCCCCAAGAAUAAUGCGCUUUUGUCAGUUUUAUAUUGUUUUCGAUGAGGUCCAGCUGAUGAGAUGCUGUAAAACCAGUUAUGGCAUCAUUUCAGGAUGCCGAGGUCCUGAAAACAUGAAAUUACAGGUAGCUGCUACCUAAUUAUGGAGAGCAUCCAAUGACAUUUACUGAUUACUUUUUUCUGUCUCUGAAGACAUUUAUUUUGUUUGUCCUCGGACUACAAAGGAGUAACAAUAUUGUACUUAUCUUUGUCCUCCAAAUUGGAAAUGUCGCCUUUUGGUGUUGUGUGUUGUGAACUGAAGGGAAAAUAUAAGGGGAAAAUGGUAUUUUAUUGUCAAUUCAAUUUUUCAGAACUUUGA